AUGAGUGCCAACCGGGAGGACCAUGUGAUCCUGUGUCAAAAGGCCAUCGGACUGGUCAAUGAAUUGUGUAACAAGAACAUUCUGGAGCAGGAAAGGUGCCUGGAAUUUGUGUUCCCCUCCUCGGAUCAGAGCCCCAGUGUAACUGAGACAGAUAUCUCGGUCAGCUUGCUUGCAGUGAUACUUAUUUUCUGUGGACUGGCCCUGGUGGCGGUCUUUCUGUUUGUGUUCUGGAAGCUGUGCUGGGUACCCUGGAAGAACAAGGUUCUCUCUAACACCUCCGUUCCUGGAGACACAGUCAACGUCACCAGCACUGACUGCGACAAGGAGAUGACGGACAAACCCAAGGAAUCCACGUCCAUGAGCUUCCUCGAAGCAGCCAUGAAGAUCAGCCACACAUCCCCAGAUAUCCCAGCAGAGGUUCAGAUGUCGAUGAGAGAUCAUAUCCUGCGCCACACACGGAUACAGAGACAGACAACGGAGCCAACCUCUUCCUCCAGGCACAGCUCGUUUAAGAGACACUUGCCAAGGCAGAUGCACGUAUCAAGUGUUGACUUCAGCACAGACUCCUUACCACACAAAGAACAAGCCACGAGUAUCGGCAGGAUCAAACCAGAGCUCUACAAACAGAAAUCCGUGGAUUCAGAAGACAUGAAGAAAGAAGAUGGGAAAACCUGUGGGAAAAUCAACUUCAUGCUAAAAUACGACUAUGAAAACGAAAUGUUGAUUGUCACAAUCCUCAAGGCUUUUGACCUGCCCGCGAAAGACUUUUGUGGAAGCUCGGACCCCUAUGUAAAAAUCUACCUUCUUCCCGAUCGGAAAAGGAAGUUCCAGACCCGAGUGCACAGAAAGACACUCAAUCCUACCUUUGAUGAGAGCUUCCAGUUUCCUGUAUCAUAUGAUGAACUCGCCAACAGGAAGCUGCACUUGAGUGUAUAUGACUUUGACAGGUUUUCUAGACAUGAUAUGAUUGGGGAGGUGAUUUUAGAGAAUCUGUUUGAGAUUUCAGAUCUCUCCCGUGAUACCUCCAUCUGGAAGGAUAUUCAAUACGCCACAACUGAAAGCGUGGAUCUGGGAGAAAUCAUGUUCUCUCUCUGCUAUCUGCCCACUGCUGGACGACUGACAUUGACAGUCAUCAAAUGCAGAAAUCUCAAAGCCAUGGACAUCACUGGUUAUUCUGAUCCAUAUGUUAAGGUGUCUUUGCUGUGUGAAGGACGACGGCUAAAAAAGAAGAAAACAACCAUAAAGAAAAACACACUAAAUCCUACUUACAAUGAGGCAAUUAUCUUUGACAUUCCUCCAGAGAACAUGGACCAGGUCAGCUUGCUGAUUUCAGUCAUGGACUAUGACCGAGUUGGGCAUAAUGAGAUCAUUGGAGUGUGUCGUGUGGGCAUCAAUGCUGAAGGUCUAGGGAGGGACCACUGGAAUGAAAUGUUGGCAUACCCACGCAAGCCAAUUGCACAUUGGCACCCCUUGGUGGAGGCUGUGGGUGAAGGCACACUUGCGGUGGAAGGAAGCGGUUGUGAAGGAUAUAGUGGCACCUCCUGCACAUUGCUGUGGCAAGGCCGCGCUGCCAGUUUUGACAGCCAAGGAUCCUGUCCAUCUCCUAAACCUCCAGCAACACCAUGAAUCCCAGUGCAGAGAGAUUCUGUGGAUCCUUCAGUGUUCUGAACAUAAUGUAAUGUCAGUAGUUCAGUCUCUUUCCUCACAGGAAAACUACAUUGUACUCUGCAAAAUGGACACAAGUAUCAUGGAGAUAGCUUGUCAUAAGCUUGUUGCUGGGAU